CUGAUCGUGGAAGCGUCGAGCAGCGGAAGUGAGGAAGCAGAUGUGACAGUCCGGGCUAGCAGCGGCGGAGCGCCACAGAAACGAUGUUGCAGUUGCAUUUCACGAACGAUACGUUACCCGACAGUGUCAGCACUGACUUUCAGAACCUGAAUAAAUUCAGUGAGCAGCAGUUUGUGAGUCUGACAGAAAUCUUGUACCAGUUCCUUCUAGAACCCAAAGAGUCAGAGCGGUUCUUGCAUCAGCUGACGGAGUUUGCUGGAGAGAAUGGGAUGAGUGCGGGACCACUGAGGGCUUUGAUGAAGAGUGUCCUCCUCCUACCUCAUGGUGCUUUAAAAAAAACCCUGACAGCCGAACAGGUGAAGGCAGACUUACUCUCAUUAGGAUUAAAUGAAGACAAGGCCAGUCAUUUCUCUGACCAGUGGAGAAUCCACUACCCUGUUUUGUCCAGACUGGCCGUGGGACAGACGCUUAUGGUCAACCAGCUUGUUGACAUGGAGUGGAAAUUUGGUGUUACUGUUGGUACAAGUGAGCUUCAAAAGACUGGAAACAUUUUUCUACAGCUGAAACUGGUGAUCAGAAAAGGAAACACCACAGAAAAUGUGUACAUGGAGCUAACUUUACCUCAGUUCUACAACUUCCUCCAUGAGAUGGAGCGCGCCAAAGCCAGUAUGGAUUGUUUCAGUUAACUGAGGUUGUUGUAAGCAGUGUUUGCUUCUGUGCCUGUUAAUCAGUAAACAACUGUAAUGAUGUUCCCAUACUCACCAAAUGAUUGAAGAAGAAACUAAUUAUAAUUCACUAAUCUUAAGAAGUCGUGGGAUUGUUUGCACUCAUGGACAUGUGUUUUUGUUUUGGACAAAUAUGACAUUCCACAUUCACGCUCUUUAUUGAUGAUCUUCUCUUUAAUAAACCUUUGAUACAUGUGUUUGUA